AAUGUACUCCAACGUCUUACGAAAAAUAAAAUAAAUGUGCUGACUAAAUUUACGUCACUGAAGAAAAGAUUAGAUACUUAACGAUCUCUCAAUUCUCAAGACAAAGAAAAGCUUUUAUUUUAUCAGAAACUCAAUUUGAUCAUCAACUGAAAUCCAAAUCCAAAUGGGGAUUCCUAGAUUUGUGCCCUGGUUUAACAAAAAGAUCACAGAUCCUCUUCUUCUAAUACUCCGAAGAGGAGCUGAACCAAACCAACUGGCAUUAUCUGUGGCACUUGGACUUACCCUAGGAGUAUUCCCAAUCUUUGGGGUAACUGUAUUCCUCUGUGGCCUGGCUAUUGCAUUACUUGGAUCUCGUUGCCAUGCGCCUAGUGUUAUGCUUGCAAAUUUCAUUUCUGCCCCGAUAGAAUUGAGCUUGGUGGUUCCUUUUCUUCGUCUAGGUGAAGUCAUAACUGGAGGUUCUCAUUUCCCCUUAACCACUGAUGCACUAAAGAAGGUGUUGACAGGCAAAGCCUCUCACGAAGUCCUACUUAGUAUUCUCCACGCGUUACUAGGGUGGCUUGUGACGUCUCCUUUCAUCUUGGCUGUACUCUAUGUGAUACUUCUGCCAUGUUCUAAGUUCCUAGUUCACAAGUUUGCUCCACUUCCUUCAAGCCCAAAGAAGCCAUUAAGCCCCUUCACAGAUGUCAGGCUCAAGGUAAGGGAUGUCUAAUAAUCAUCCCACUUUAAAUCAAAUAUUACAUUGUCCUUUUGCACAAGUGUGGAAAGUUUCUCCCUCAGAUUCUAUAUCAACCCACUGUACAAAAUUCAUCUCGUCUCACACUAUCUGAGAGUAUGUAUAAUAACAUCCAAGUAUUUUAAGUUCAGAGCUUUGCUUGUCUGUUGUAACCUCUUUCCUUCCUGAAAAGGAUGUUAGUUUUUCACUUCUUGUUACCUUAACUGUCAUUGGGUUUUAAUUUUAUAGCCGAUGAGAGCACCUGAUACAUUCCCAUUUUGUAGCUUGGGAUAGAAAUUGUGCUAUCAAACUUUGGCUGCUA